UGCUGAAAUACAUUUCCUACCAUCCACCAGGCAGCUUAUCCAGUGGGUGGAUACUGGAAGUUGUAGUUCAAGGUAGGAAGAGUAGCCGCUGGAACUUCUCUUAUUCAACAAUUGAUGUAAGUGGAACUCAGUUAAGCCACGCCUCCAGGAAAGUGUAUUGAUUUUAGAGAAGUGAAUGGGCGGGAUAAACCUCAGUCUGUUACUAAGGCAACGGACGCUUCCACAGUUGUGUUGCUUCAAGUACAUGGGAGGGAAUCUAGAGUGCGACCAAGUAAAUUCCAUUUACUAGCAAGAUGAGCAGCUUAGGAGAGGAGAAAGCUGAAUCGAGUGACUCUUCCACAGAUGAGGAAGAAGAAGUGGAAGAGAAACCACUGUAUCCUGUAGCUCCUUCUAAAGUAUGGGGAGGAGAUACUAAGGAUAUAUAUGCAAGUCUUGCCUUCCAAUACUUGGAUGAGUUAGCUACAUCUGGAAAAAUAUCAGGCACCAGAACAGCUGAGCUAAAGGAAAAGUACACUUUAUUGUACCAGACAUUGAAACGUGUACAAGAAUCUGAAGUGAAACUGUUACAAGAUGCCAAAUGUUUUACAAAUCAACUGGAGCAACAAGAGUGGGAAAAGUCUGAUCAGUUAUAUGAGGACUAUAAUACAGAGAUUUCCACACUGAGAGAGCAAUUGCUAAAAUAUAACAAUGACAUCAAUGAAGCAGAAGAAAGAGAAUACAGUCUUCAGUAUAAGCUGGAAUGCUUACAAGAGGAGAAGAAACUUUUGCAGAGGGAAUAUGACAGAAUGCCAAAGGCUGGAGAUUAUGAAAAAAAAAUAAAAAUUCUUCAGGAAAACAUAAAAGAACUUCAAAAAGAAAAUACCCAGAGAAGAAUGGAAAUUAAAGCACUAAAGGAAGACUUGGAAACAAAGCAAAGAGAAACUGAAAGGGAGCAGAAGGAGCUUGGCCAGAAAUUGGAGCAGCAGGAAGUUGUUAAGCAUGAACUUGUUCAGCUCAGCUAUGUUCCACUGCAGAUUGGUAAAGAAACAGAGAAGAUAAACCGCAGGAUCAUGGAAGCACAGAAGAAAGAGAAUAUGCUGGGAAAAGAGUUCCAGGAGUUAAAUGACAACCUUAAGCAGAUGGAGCACAAAGCCAAACUGAUGCUGGAAGAGAAGGAAGAAGUCAUGAAGGAGCUGGAAGGGAAGCAAACUUGGCUGGAAACAAAGGAGCAGGAAUGUAAUCGUCUAACAAAGUUACUGGAGUUAGCCAAAGAAAAUGAAGCUGUAGCAUUGGGAGAAAGGGCUGCUAUGGAUCUCAGUUUGCGCCAUGCCAUGGUAGAAAAGCAGACACAGCAUGACGCACUUACCCGAAAGACCAGAGAAAAAGAGAGAGAUCUGAGAAACACUAAGAAAAUGGAGUUACAGUUAAAGUCAGCCCUUGAUGCUUUAGCACAUACCCAGAAUGUGUAUGAAAAAAUUAAAGCAGAGGUUGACUGUUUUCCUAAAGCUGAUGCACUGCUUGAGAAGAGAAAAGAGCUACGAAAGGAAGUAGAAGUAAUAAGAAGACAGUUUGCACAACAGCAAACUCUGACUGAGGCAGAAGCCCAUACACUUGAGCAGUGCAUUGCAGAAGAAGAGCAGCUUGUGAAGGAGCAAAGUGAACGCAGGGAAGAUCUGGUCAAUCUAACGCGUUUAGUUCAAAUUAAAGCUGAGGAGAGAGAGCAGAAAUCACGGGAUUUGAUCAAAGCAAAGCAAAGAUAUCAGCAAGUUCUGCAGGAAGUUAAAGGAAGGCAGCUGAUCAUAGGAGAACACAAAAAGAAGAACCAGGACGUCCAAAAAAGGCUUAAAGAAUUUGCCAAAAUGUAUGACAUCAUUCGGAAUGAGAGGAAUAAGUGCGUCAGUCUGAUUCAGACAGCUAUGCAGCGAGCCUCAGAACUACGAGAAAAAUUAAAAAUUUUUGCAAAUGAAAUGGAGAUACUCAGAAACAAUGCAGUAAACAAAGACAGACAGUUACAGAAGAUUAAGUUAAAGGAGAACAACAGUCAAAUGGUAAGGGACAGUCUGCAAAAGGAUUUGAGCAGAGUUCGUGUUUAUCUUGAAGAAAUGAAAGAAAAGAGAGAACAACAGAAAAUGCAAAUUGGCAGACUCACCAAUAUGAUCAAUCAGGCUGAGGUUGAUAUGAUACAACUUCGCAAAAAGUACCAAACAGCUGUCCAGAACAGAAAUGAGAGGGGUGUUCAGUUAAUUGAGAGGGAGGAGGAAAUCUGUAUUUUUUUAGAGAAAAUAAAUAUUCAAGAAAUGAUUCUGAGGAAUGGAGAUUUAGAGAUGGUAUCCAUGGAUGAAAAAAUACGUUUCCUUAAGAUAGAGGCUGCAGAACAGAAGAGACAGGUUGAGCAGUUGCAAAAAAACCUACCAAAUAAGAGGAUGUUGGAAUCAGAUCUCGUGACGCUUCAAAUUCAGCUCUCGCAGUGCAAUGACAGAGUUGCUGAGCUGGAAACACAAACUGAAGACCCAGGGAAAGAAUACAGAACCCGCCUGCUAGAAGGAAAAGAUCCUUCCCUGCAAGAACUUAUGAAAAAAACAGAGGAGCUAGAGUUGCACCUUGCGCAGAAAGAAGAGCAAUUAUUGGAGAAAGAUUUACUCUAUGAACAAGUUUCCCACUUGACAAAGAAAAUACACACAAAGGCAGAAAAUGGAAAGCAGGACACACUACUGCUGUCUAAAAAGAUGAAUGAACUCCACAAGAAGAUAAAGAACACAACGCAGAAGAUGAUGUCUCUGAUUGCAGAGUUAUCAAUGCAACAAGCAAAUUCUAUAAAGCUUCAGGAAGAAUUAAGGAACAAGGAAAAAAUGGUGGAGGCUUGUCAUACCAGGAUGGAACAAGGACUUCCGCCUAGUGAAGGGACAGAGAAUGAAUGGAAAAAAAUGAUAAGAGAUAAGCAUAGACUCCAAAAGGAGAAGGAAGACAAAGCCAGAAUGGCUGAGGAGGAGGAACAGCAUUGGUUGCCUAAUGGGGCAUACACUACAGCUGAGCAACGCCCCAAUGCCUACAUUCCUGAUGACGAAAGUGCUCUUCCACUUCCCCGACCUUAUGGAAUUUUAGCUCCUUUCAAACCCAGUGAAACUGGUUCCAAUAUGAGGCACAUAAGGAAGCCAAUAAUAAAGCCUAUUGAAAUAUAAGCUAAUAUACAACUUAUCAAUGAUCUGCAGCAACAAUCUUCCUUUAUUAAUACCAGCAUAGCACCUGUUGUGCCCUUAUACAAUGAGAUAGUGUCUUUUAAAUUGGAGCUGUAAAGGCACAAUGCCCUUGCCCACUUCCUUUGCUUGACAGUGCUACUGCUUUGCACCAUUUUGUUUAAUAUAAAUUGCUUUUAUUUUCCUUUUUUCAAACAAACAAAACAAUGUAUAAGAGAGAGGGGAGAAGAGAGUGAAUGGGGGGGGGGGUGAAAAAGAAGAGAAUAAGUAGUAGAGAGUUUACAUAUUUUGCUCGCAUUGGAGUUGGUGAGACAUAGGGACUUAGCAUGGUGGGUCAGGAGUAUCUCCUGGCUCUGCACCAUUUUUGGCCAUGUCCCUGAAGAUGGUGUAUUGUUUUAUGAGAAUUAUUGUAUUGUUUUACAUUCCAAGAAAACCAAGUGACUUUGCCUUUCCUUCUCCUUUAAAAGUAUAACACUUCAACAGUUAGUGACUCAGUGAUAAGAACUUAUUGAGCUGCUACUAAAUUUAAAAAAAAAAAGUUUAACAGGAAAUGGAAAACAACUGUAGAAAGUUAUUAUUUGUGGUGCACAAGCUGAAACCAAUACGUUUUGUGAAGGUUAUCUGCCGCUCUAAUGGCAAUUACAGGAACAGUGUGUUUUGGCCAACUAAUUUUUCUCUUUUAAACUGCUUUUAAAUUGCUUUUUAUGACCCUCAGGGUCCUGUGUAAAAUAUUGUUGGUUGUCACAUGAUGAUUGCAUGAAUCUGUGGAUCUGAAGAUGUGCCCACUUUUGAAUGUAAGUCUUGUGACAAUCACAUAUGGUGUCAAAUUCUAAUGACAAUAGAUGGUGAUUUCAGGGCAUUUAAAGUGGUCUUUAAACAAUUAAAAACAUGGUAAAACAAAAAACACCCACAAUUUUUGUGAUCUUUAAAGGAGAAGGUAACCAUUUUGUGCCAGCCAUUGUGCCAGCGUCUGUGUAGCUCUCUACUCUCUCCAGCUCCCCCCCCCCCUUAGAAAUUAGUGAUCUGCGCCAUACAGCAGGAAGCUUCCUCAUAGUCUUACUAAC